AUGAGUUCUUCGAGGGAAGAGGACGACUCUUUUUCACCUACAUUGGACCUUGUAAUUCAGAAGCUGGAAGAGUCUCUGUUUGACUCUGAGGGCCAUGAAGCAGAUUCUGGAGUUGUGACGGCACCGGUAUCGAACCGCAUCCAACGCAUCAUCACCCGCAACCUGGCCGAAACGUCCGACGGGGAGGCCAUUAGAAUGGAGGAGAACCUAAAGGAAUCAGGUCCUGUGACUCAGACAAGCCACAAAGAGCAAGUCAAACAGUGCAGCUUCACUGUAAAGUUGGAGCAGAUGCUACCAUCUCCAGCGGACUCGGACAGUGACAGUGUUUCACCGUGGCAACUAGAGGUCCAAGAGCAAGGCUACAGGAGGAGGCUGCUUCUCUUCCAGGAGGCUCAGCAGAAGCAAGCCCAAUUGGUCCAGAAGCUGCAGACCAAGGUUCUCCAGUAUAAGAGCAGGUGUGGUCAGCUAGAAGGACAAGUGCUGGAGAAGACCUCUGAUGUGGAGAAGAUGCGACUGCUGCUGCAAGCCCACCAAGACUCGGCCCAACGUCAGGAACAGGAUCUGAAUGCCAACAUCAGGAGCAAAGUCGCUCAGCUGGAGGAGCAACGAAGACGAUGCGGCAGCCUGAGCCAAGUCAACUGUGUGUUGCGAGAACAGCUGGAGCAGGCCGACGCCCUCAAGCGGAGCUUGCUGGAAAGCUUGCAAAAGGCGCGCCAGGACGCACACGUGUGCGACAACCGCUUGCGCUUACAGCAAGAGACAUCGUCUUCCCGCCUGAGUCGGGAGCAGGCGCGUGUCAGAAGCCUAUGGCGCCAGGCCGCCUCCCUGAGGAACGCCUUCACACAACUCAGGAGCUCUGCUGACAGGACGCUGUCCAACAUGAGAAGCGAGUGCGCUACCGCCUGUCAGCAACUUCUUUUUGCCUGUCGCCAUUUGGAAGCCACACAGGAGAGCGCCCCCGAUGGCGCGGAGGUUUCAUUGCUGGAGCGGCAGCUUAAGGAUAAGCUUCGAGAGGCCAUGCAGCUUCAGGGGCGCUGGGAUGCUGAGAAAGUGGAACUUAACUCGAGGAUUAUGGAGUUAAAUGAUGCCGUGAAGCAACUCCGCAGCCAAAACAGUGAGAAAGAUGCCAGCUUGGACAGGAUGGAGACAAGCAGAAGUGAAGACAAAGGGGAUAUGGCAGUCCUCCAGAGUGAGAACCAAGCUCUUCAGAAAGUACUCCAAGAGGUCUUUAAGCUGGUGUCUAGCGGAGGUGAUAGUGAUGCUUUUGAGGGUCAUCUUUCUUGUUCUCUACGGACGAACACCAUCUUGACGGCUGUGCAGGGUGCCCUCGCCAAGCACAAGCAACAAACUGAGGACUUUAGCGCUCGUCUGGAGGCCUCCCUGGAGGAAGCAGACACUCUACGUACUCAACUGCAGCAGAGUGACUCGGCUAAACUAGAACUAGAGGCGAGGAUCAGAGAAGGAACAAAGCAAAGUCAAGAGGCCAAAGAUGUGUUGGAGGAAACUAUAAGGGAAAAGGAUAGAUGUCACAGAGAGCUAGAUGUCAUCUCCAGUGAGAAGCGUGAUGUGGAGCAGCUUUUAGCAGGCGUGCAGCAGGAGCGCGAAUCCCAGCGCGCCGAGCUGGAGUCACUGAGGCGGCGGAACCAAGACGUCGAAUUGCAGCUGGCGCGGCUCCGCUCCGAGGCCCGGCGAGGCGAGCGAAGCCUUGAGGAUUUGGAAGGGAAGCAGUCAGACCUCUGGCGGGAUUUGGUGGCUGGGAGAGAGGCGCUGAAUAAGUUGGCACUAGAGAAGGACGUUCUGGAGGAAGAUAAAGCCAGCCUGGCUCUGGCUCUCACCAAGGCUGAGUGUCAUGGCAAAGCACAGGAAGCGCUGGUGGUCAAGCUACGACACCAGGAAGCAGGGUUGAAGGACUCUUUGGCCAAGAUGGUUGCCCUGGGUGAGGGCCUGGCCAAAGACAAGGUAGAGCUCAACCAUUUGCUGCUACAGACUGAAGCAGAGAAGGCGGAGUUGGAUGAACGCCGUCUGGAUGCAGAAGCGGACCGAGUGGCGGCCCGGGAAGAGGUUACGCAGCUACAACGAGAAAAAGCCACCACUUUGGUGGAGAAGGAAGCCCUGGAGAACUCACAUGCCCAGCUGCUGGACUUGAAGCACAAGGCAGAAGAUGCCCUGUACCUCCUACAGAAGGAGAACGCACACAACAUAGAGCAGUAUUCACAGGUAAAAAGACAGAUGCAGAGCACAUCAGAAGAGCUGCAUGAAGUCAGGAAGCAGCUUGACAUGCAUGUAGCAGGCCUGGCCAAAGCCACGACUGACCGGGAUGAACUAGCCAAAGAAAAAGCCGCCCUAGAGGUUCAGCUGUGCUCGGCCGAGCGGAAGUCCUACGACCUUACGCAGGAGCUGCUAGCGCUCAGAUCAGAGAAGCACUUCUUGGAAACCGGUGUGUUUCAGAGCCAAGAACUGGCUUCGUCUCUGGAGUUCGAGUGUAGCCGUGUUGAAGCCGAGAGACGCAGCUUGCUGUCGGCUAAUGAAUCUUUAACACGUGAUGCUGCGCAGGCGCGUCUGGAUGCGGAGCGUCAGCUAGCUCAAGUUGCGCAUAAAUGCAGGGACCUGGAGAUGAAGCUAGUCCUAGCGGAGAAGAAGGCUCUGGAGACCUUAAAGACUAGGGAUGAGCUCCACCGAGAAUUGGAAGGUGAACGUGAACAGAAGGAGCAGCAGCUCAAAGAGCUGAUCGAGCAACAGGAGCAACUGCGUUCACUCUAUAAGGAGUUAACAGAGCGUAGCAGGGAGGAGGUGGAAAGGGCAAAAGAGGACAUGCUUAAAGCCCAGCAACACUGUGAGAGAAGCAUCUUGCAGGCCAAUAGUGAGAAGCAACAGGCUUUGACCCAGAAUGAGACUGAGAAGGCAUCCCUGUUGAAGAGGCUGUCAAUUCUCCAAAAUGAUUUCAAGUCUGUAACCAGUGAAUUGGAGCUAACUCAGAGGGAAGCGCUCACAAAACAGGAGCAGGACCAGAAUGAAAUUUCAGUCACGCGAUGUGAAAUGGAGAAACUGCGAGCUGACCUGAAGGCCUCGCUCAACUCGUAUGAUGUGGCUGAAAAGAGCGGAUGGGAAAAGUUACGCGAGAUGAGCCAACAGCAGCAGGCCACACAGCGUCAGGUGGAACUUCUUAAAACUCAACUGCAGGACAGCGAGGAGCGACUAGCUAAAGCUCAGAUCGAGCUCACCGAGGUCCGGCAGUCCCUCCGGGAGAGUGUCCACGGUUGGGAGAAGCAGCGCAAGGAAACCAUCAAUCUGCGACAGCUACUGAAGGACGAGACCAGUGAAAAAGACGCAGUCCGCGCCUCCAACAAAGAACUCAGAACCUCCGUCAAGCUUGCGGAGAGCGACAACAGCAGUUUGAAGCGAGCGGUGGAGGAGCGUGAAAAACAAGUUUCAAUCUUGGAAGAGCGCAGCGUUGCCACGCAGCAGGAGGCAUCCACGCUUAGAAAAAGCAUGCGGGAGAUUGAGAAGUCACGGUUACAGGCACGACGACGAAACCAGGAGCUGCGAAGACAGCUGAAGGUCGUGCAAGGUGAGAAGCAGCGUCAGGAGCAAGAGCUGAAGCAGCUGCAGGCGCAACUCUGUCAAGAGGAGCAACAGCGGGAGGAAGCACGGCUGCUGGCUUUCAGCCUAAAGCAGAAAGUGGUGGAGUGCGAGGCUGCCAGGGAUGCAGCCAACAAUCAGGCGUCAUCGCUACAGAGGCGCGUGUCAGAGCUGGAGGAAUCCGAGCGUCAAGGCUCUGAGCUACAGCGUGUCCAACAAGCCCAGCAGUAUCUGGUUGACCAGAAGCACAACGACGAGGUCGCCCGGCUGCAGAGGGCCCUGGAGGAUGCCGCCUUCCAAUCGGGCCGUGCCGACACAGCCGCCCUGGAUCUGGAGGGUCGACUUGCAGCGAGCGAAGGCCGGCGGCGCAAGCUGGAGCGUAAAAUUUCAGCGGUGGGCUCCACGCUUCGCCGUCUUCGCCCGGUGUCUCCCAGGAGGAGACUUCCUCUCCGAGGCUCGGCGGGAGACUGCUUGACCGACGACUCCACUUCCUGUGCUGACGAUGAAGAACUGGAGUUGGACUCCAUCCAGGCUGGAAUGCAGGAUCUCCAGAGAGCACUCAGGGACACACAGAGAGAAAGGGAUGAGUCCAAGGCUCAACUGGUUAGUCUAAGCGAGCAGGUAUUAGCACUCCAGGAUAAGUCGGCCUGCGAGGUCACCAACUUGCACAAGUCCCUCCAGGCAUUCAAAGACGGAAAUCGGGAGAUGGAGGAGCAACUGCGCCAAUCCCAGACCUCAUUUUUCUUGCAACAGGAAGCCACCGAGCGAGACAAGAUGGCCCUUGAGACGGAGGUGGCUCGGCUCCGAUCCGCUCUGCUUAUGUCUCAGAACGAGUUAAAAUCAAUCAGGGAUAAGAUGGAAAGCUCCCAGGUGACUGCACAUUCAGAGCGUGAGAGACUAAAGGACGUCCAAAUGAGCAUGGUCCGCCUGGAGAACAGUCGCCGCUCCAUGGGGGAAGAGUUGCAGUGCUCCCAGGAAAGAACAACAGAGCUGGAAGCGGAGGUUGCGACGUUGCAGGAGAAGCUAGCUGAGGUGGGUAGGAAACUGGGAGAGAGUGACGUGGCGCUAAAAGUCGGCAAAGAGCUGUGGAGCACAACGUUGGCCCAGGCCGAGGGCCGCCAAAACCAGCUUGGUGAGCAGAUACGAGCCCUAACCGCCAGCGAGGAGGUGCUGCAGGAGAACCUGAAGCAACUGAACAGAGCCAUGACCGACAGUGAGGCAGAACGACAGCUUCUGCAGAAUCGUCUGGACGAAACCCGAAACGCUUUGGCGGACAGCAAGAAGCUGAACCACUCUUUGAGGGAGCACAGUCAGAACCUUCAGAGGGACCGAAAUGACCUGGAGCUGAGGAACUCUGAACUGGAAAAACACAACAAGAGCCUGCAACAGAGUGUGACGCUGCAACAGGCGGCAAAACGGGCAGCGCUGGAGAAGACAGAGCGGCUGGAUCGCGUAGUGUUCGACCUGGAAAGUCAGGUGUCGGACCUGGAAAGUAAAGUGACGGGCCUCAAGGCUGAACUUCAGAAACUACAAGAGGAAAAAGUUGACCUUGAGAAAACUGUGGCACGGCUGACAAAAGACAAAGGCGCGCUCAAGAAGUCGCUAGAAAAGGCGGAUAAAGAAAUUGAGCGUCUGAGGACUGAAGAGUCCGUCGCCAAGGAGACGCAGCAGACGCUAAUCUGCCUCGAGCGACAGCUGCUGGAGAAGCACGAUCAAGUGACAGCUCUGCAGAUUUCCACACUUAAGCAACAACUGGACGAAGAGACGCGGUGGCGACAGGCCUGCAUCCACAAGGUGCUUUAG